AUACCAAGAGUUUAAAGCUGUGAGUUUAUGACAUGUGUCAUGAGUUUGAGGCCACCUGAGCUGGGGCUUGGCAGUGCCAGGGAAAAGCCAGAGGCUGGAUAAGCAGGUUGUGAGGGCUUGAAUGGAGUUUAUUUGAGCUUCUUCAGCACAGGCUGACUUAGAGCUGCCAUGCGAGGAGACUUUGUGACCUUCCUCCCUUUUGAAGGAUGGAAGGAAGGGUUGUGACGCAUUGGAACAGGCUGCCCGAGGAAGUGGUAGAGUCACCAUCCCUGGAGAUGUUUAAAAGACGUAUAGAUAAGGCUCUUAGGGACAUGGGUUAGUGCUCGAUUUAGGUUAUGGUUGCACUCGAUGAUCUUAAAGGUCUCUUCCAACCAAAAUGAUUCUAUGAAGGUGCUUUCCACUGCAGGGCGGACAAUCCUGUCCAACUCAUUCAGAUGCCAAAGGACCUUCCCUUCUCUCUGGCUGGAAUAUAGAAAGGAGUAUAUUCACAGUAAUUUGCCCUAUGUUUUAUUGCCUCAAGGAGCUGCUUGCUGUUUGGAGUCUUGUGUUUUGGCUCCUGUAAAACUCCAUUGCCUGUGAGGCUUUUUGAGCUUAAGUACAAGGGGAAAAAAAAGGCAAGUGGGGGGAAUGGGGACAUAUUGAUGACUUGCAGAUAUACUGAGGAGCAAUAGAGUAGUGAGUUUAGUUUUGAGUCUGAGAGCAAAUAAACAGUCUGUAAGCAUCUAGAAGGAAACAAGAAGGUAAAUGCUAGCUAGUAUGGCUUUGUUGUGAAUGAAUUGAGCCAAUCUAAUUUCCUUUUCUGGCAGCAUAACAGGGCUUGUAGAUAAGGGAGAAGCACUAUAAGUCAUAUAUCUUGAUUUUUAGUAGAGCUUCUGACACUGGCUUGCAGGAUAUUCUAAUAAUAAACUGGGAAACCAGUCUAGAUGAUACCGCUCUGAGGGAGUUGCAAAACUGGUUGAGGAAAAAUGUACUUGAUAUGAGUCCUUGUACAGGGAAUUACCCUGGGUCCAUUACUCAUCCAUGAUGAAACAGAGUGUAAUUACUGCAUUUGAAGAUGAGAUCAAGUCAGAAGGCAGAAUAAACACAAUCACAGAACUAGGACUCAAAAUGAGAGCUCUGUGGAAAAAAUAGGAUGCGGCUCAGUAGCAGGUGCACUGCUAUACAAUUUAACAUGAUCAGCUGCAGAAUUACAAGACUGGGAAGAAUUGGGCAGGAAAGGAUGGAGGGGCUGCCAUGGAUCAUCAGCUGAAUAGGAGUCCAUAACAUCUUGCUGUUGCAGAACACCGUGCAGGUCUAUAUAGUGUAUCAUAAUCUGCCUUUCGAAAGACUGGAUCCACAGCUCACUGGAAUCAAUGGCUGCAGUCCCAGCUGACUUGGGCAAUUCUAGAUCAGACCAUAAACGACGUGAUGGUAUCUUCGCUUAGUACCACUGGACUAGUCAAAGGCAGAAGGUAAAACUAGAAGGAAAAGACAAAGGGAAAAGUGCUUCCCACAUUGCUGAGAAAGCAGAGAUUGAAGAAGCCUGGACUUGCCUGUGGUGCUGUCCUGUUCACACCAACAAUAACUUCUGAUUCAAAAGGAACCUGCAGCAGAAGGAACAGCGCACACACUGGCCAGGCCAAGGGCUGCUCUCCAUUCCACCUCUGCAGCCCCCGUGACAUGACGACAGCCCCAAGCAAAGCUUUGCACCAGCCUUGUGAGUCCCAUCGUCUGCACCAGAGGGAGAGGAGUCGGUCUGGGGAUGUUUUAUGAACUCAGCUGCUGGAGCACAGGGCCAAGAGGCUGCAACAGAAGGACCACCUGAUGAAGCUUCAUUCAAAGUCACGGUUUGGGCUGUGCCCUUCUUGCCGAGGUGGUUUCAUCGGUGGCAGGACAAACCUCAGCCUGAAUCCUUGGCAGGAACUCAGCAUGUCCUGUCAGGAGCAGAAUAAUACCACAGAAACCCUGGCCAGUUUGAUUAACUUCUCAGGAAUGUAUCUGGAGAGGAGUGAGCUGCAAAGGGAGCAAUCGGAUCUCUCCAUGAAGUGACACAGGUCAAAAUGGCAAACCUUAAAUAGCUACAAGCUCGCUCAGCCCGUGGACAGAUCAGCAACGGCUACAACUUGGCCAAAUUGCUUCCUGACAGUUACCUUUCUGAGUGAGUGAUCCCAUUUUUUGGCUGGAAAAAGGCACCGAAGAACAGUUUGCUUUGAAAAGCACCGCACAGGGGGACAAAUUUUCUACUCUGUGUAACCUCCUCAAAGGAUUGGGCAUGAACAGUCUAUUUGUUCAACCAAAUAAAAACUUGAUAACUUGAACUAUGGUGGCAGGAAUGGAGAUGUCCCACAGAGUUGUCCCACAGUGCAGCAGGCGAGCACGGCAGAACUGGUAUUUAUCAAACCCACUUUAACGGGCAAAAUUCCCAGGCAUUAGGGGGAAAAAUUAAGCUGCCUUUAAGAAAGGCUUCCCUCCUCUUGGUGCCACCCCAUCACAGAGCCCCACUGUGUCCCUGUGUCAAGGAAACGGCCUCAAGUUGCACCAGGGGAGGUUUAGAUGGACCUUGGGAACAAUUUCUUCCUGGAAGGAGCUGCUGGGCAUUGGAACAGGCUGCCCAGGGCAGUGCUGGAGUCGCCAUCCCUGGAGGGCUGGACAGACAGAGAUGAGGUUCUCAGGGACAUGGGGUAAUGCCAGGGGUCGGUUAAUGUUUGGACUCGAUGAUCUUGAGGGUUUCUUGCAACCGAAAUGAUUCUGUGAUUCUAUGACUAGGGACCAGUUUGCUUUGACCUGUGGUAACUGCCGGCAACACCAGCUAUGAUGUCGCACUCCCACCCACCCUCCACGACACCUCUCCUCCUUGUCUACCGCUCAAACAAUUGCGUGGCCACAGCAGCAGUUGUUUUAACCAAAAUGUUGUUUUAACCAAAUUAGUGUUUCCAUGUGUUGCUUUCACUUUGAAUGAGCUGCUUGAACUGAUGCAGCCCCACAGCUCCCCAGCUGCAAAGGAGCAGGGAGAGGAAAGCAGAGGAGGGGGAGAAAAACCAGGACUGCUUUUUUGAGGCUGCUACACUAAAUUAAGGGAAACAACAAGCUGCACCUUGAGCCUUGGAAAAUCCAGCUGUGGAGAUGGGCUUUGCCACUGACUCUGCAAUAAGAUGUGGAUAACAAUAAAUCCCUCCCCCCACCGUCUGCGUGUCCUGAUGAGAUAGAGUGUAAAGGAUGGGGACUGUCACUUAUUAUGUGAUUGUUUAGUGCCUGGCACAAUGCAGCUCUGAUCUCGACUCAAAUCCGCGGCUGCUGCAUGAACAAUAGGACUGAAAUGAAUCUCAUGGCUGGUGGCAGGGAAGUGGCCAUGGACUGACAUCUCCUCCCUGGGAGGAGCCGGGGGGUCGUGCACCGGGAAGAUGCAUCCCAACCAAAAAAGGAGGAAUUUCCAGGCUCCAUCCCUGCCACACCCGGGAACUGCCCCGCAUCCACCAGCAGGUACCUCGGCAGCUGGUUCAGGAAAUCACACAGAUAUUUCCUUGGUGUUUCUGUAACAAAUAAGUAAAAUUAAUUUGUUGGUGUUAAUGGACUACAUUAGAGCUAACAGAUCCAAGGGGCUGUCUGAGCGCAGGCGUUCAAGGGGGCUGGCAGGAGCCGCUGCCUUCGCUCGCUCUCUGCCAGGUGAAGUUCUCCUUUCACAGAAGGUUUGCUCGGACCAGCUGCUGUGGCUGUGCAACCUCCCGCGAUGGAGCCGGGGCCGUUCCUGCCUCAUCUAACCCUGCGCAGAGACGUCACGUACCAACGUCUUUCCUGACCAGCACCUUUCUCCACAUGCACUGAGGGUAAACCGACUAAAGAAACACGAAAAAAACAGAGGAAGAGCAACGAGUGCUUUUGUCUCAGGGUUUAAAACUGGAAUUUUUAACUCUGCCACCAGUGUAAAUAGCCAUCCCAGUGGGAGCAAGAGGUGCAGGGUGGCCGGGUGGGAGAGAGCAGCCGCACAGAAAACCUCUAAUCUGGAACCGCAGCUUUUCAUACCUGUCACGACGUGGAUUUUCAGCUUGAGCACACAAGGCUGAGCUCAGGGGACACUGUCAUGUAGAUUUAAGGUUUUAUCUCCUUUCCUCUCCAUUAGCUGUGAUACCCUCUUAUUAUGCUGAAAACCGAAAUGUGGGGCUUUUUUUUCGUGCUCCAGCGGUUGUUCCUUUUCCCAUUCGGCAAAUAUCGAUCUGCCCGUGUCCUCAGCGCGGGUCGAACUCAGCCCCACUCAUCCUCUGCCGGCUCAUGGGGCCACGUGCUCGGCAGUGCCACCUCUCAUGCCAUCAGUGACCGAAGAGGGGUUGAUCAUCAAUUUGCACGUGUGUUUUUCUCUCCCCAUCCUCUCCCUCCCUGCGCUGGCAGUGACAGGGGACUGAACAGGAUGGGUCUGAUUGCACUUGGCAGGUGGAGAGGGAAUGGAAAGGGCAGAGAGGAAAAAGAGCAGCCCGGGAUAGGGAUCAACUCCUCACAGCCUUGUUGCACAUUCACGUCCCACAGCACUUGGGCAAGAGAGCUCUACAGGCUGCUGUUGGGGCUGGCUGAGCAGGAGGCAGCCCCCACUUCUCUCGGGGCUUCAUGUUAAGCCAAUUUAAUUAAAUUGCUUGGAAAGGUUGCAAGGACUCAUCUAUUUCAGCUUGAGCCAGGCCUGUUUUGACUUAGCAUUGGCUGAUUAGGAAUUAGCCGAAACAAACCGCUCAGAAAGCAAAAUUAGAGGGUGCACACUAACUUUUGCACCAGAUUAAGUUGAAUUAAAAAGCAAUUGAAAUGUAAUUUUCCUCUCUCAAGCAGCCAAGAAACAAGAUAAUGCAACUGAUGGCACUUGAAGCUUAAAAAGACAGCAUCUAGGAUUAGCACAACUGGCUUUUUAAUGCCCACAAACAACAGAUUUAUCUGAACGCCUUCUCUCAAACCUCCCCCCAUCACCUUCCACACAAAGCUUCGUACAACUUGUUUCAUUUGCCCUGAAAGGCAGGAUUGGUAGGGCCCUGGGAUUUGAAUCCAGGACUUAAAGCAGCCUGGGUAUCGCAUAGUGUGUUUCCAUAGGUAUUUUCAUGCUGGAAGGUGCCUCACAGAGAACUGGUUGUUCCAUGUCACACACAUAAUUUGGUUUGAAAUGGCUCCAGUGCUGCUCCCACCCGCCUUUCCGCAGCAAUCCCAGGCUCCUGCUCUGAAUUACUGUGCAGAAAAAGAUGUCAAGUGAUUUAAAAUUGGGUUUUAAUUAAAUAUUUUAAUAGCUGCUUUCCCUACCCAUUGGGCAAACUACUCCUCUCCCCAUCGGCUGGACCAGGCUGGCACCUCUGUGUGCACGGAGGGGUACAGGGUGGGUUUUAUGGGGCUUUGCUAAAAAGGGCGAUGGCUUGGAGGGCUUGUAAAAGCAGGAUUGCUUCAGCACUUCAGAGUGCCCAGAGCUGUAGCCAAGCCCCGCUGCAAGGGGUUGUUUUGAGGGCAGGGACGCUGCGGUCCACGUUGGCCAGAGCGGUGGAGGACAAGCUGUGCAGGCAGCUCCAGCAUGGAACUGGCGUUAGGGCACUGUAAAUGCAAACGAUCUCUUGACGAAAGGUGAUGGAGACUGUGAUAGACACAUACCAUACUGUGAUAAGAGAUGCCCAGCAGCUGCUGGCCAAAAUCUAAAGGACUCAUGGAGAUAAUAGGUCCCUGCUGGGCUCCCACCUGUGCCAACCAGCAGCUCAGUGCCUGCUCCUGCUCCACGUCUCUUAAUCCUGUCUCAUCCCACUUGCAACCUCCACUCAGCUGGUCCCCACUAACCUAAGGCGGCUGCUCCCCUGGUCUGUAUCCCCACCUUCCCGUGACCUGGUCAAAAACCAGGCAUCCCCGGCCUGCCCAUCCCCUGUACUCCUCAUUCCCUGUGCACAGACAGGAAGGCAGCACCCAGACUGUUCCCUACAUCAUGGGACAUUGUAGGGGCACAGCCUGUCAGCUCCCACCAAGGGUCUGGCCACAAAAAAGGCCAAAGCGGACAAAGUGUAAAUGCAUGGAGGAGAUGGGGAUGGUGAGCAGCAUGGCCCAGGAGGGAGAACAUCACCUUCCAUCCUCCUCCAGCUGCAUCCAGUUGGCCAUGGAGCAGCUGGGGAUAAUGGGGAGGCUGGUCUGGGGAGAGCCAAUCAUGGGGGAAAACGAGGGGGUACGUGGCUCCAUGGGGGCAAUAAAAGAGCCAGUUGAGGGCACUGAGGUAUGAGAGAGUUGAGGUGAGUGGGUUUUCUUUUUUUUUUUUUUUUUUUUUUUUUUUUUUGGGGUGUUUGGUUGUUUCCUUUUUCUGCUGAAAAAGCUCUUAAGGCUUGCUCUUGGUCUUGUGUGUAUUUCUGUGGUUCUCUUGCUAGGAGAGGUUUAUAAAUUAUUUUUAUCUGUUCCUAUUUAAUGUUUUUUACCUGGCAAUCCAUACCAGUAGUGGGGUUUCCUUAGUUGGACUUGUUCACUUUGUGCCAGUGCGUCUGACCUUGUGUCUUUCCUUUUGGGGUGUCUCUGGUGUAGGAAGCCAAGCUGGGCUGUGUGCUGGGGUGAGAGGGUAGGCUUGGAUGUGGCUGCUUGUCCUUAAAUUGGAGCUUAAGCUGAUGCUUUUGGAGGAAAGAGGCUUUGGCAGGUUUGGGCUCUGUCUAAGUAAAUGUAAAAGCCCUGGGAUCAGAACCAGAGGAGGGUGGUGUUGCUGUGACUAUGAGAAUUGCUGUGUUUGGUGUCCUCAUGGGCUUGCAGCAGCUGUAACUUCUGUUGCCUGGAUGUUAAGUUGUAGUUUGUGGUUUCACUUAGGUCAUUGUCUCAUCUGUGGCAUGUGAGGGUGCUAUGGAGCUCUGCUUGGGGCAGGGAGCUCCAGCAUCUCAUGUGCUGGGGACGACAUGCGUAGUAUGGGCUGUCGGUGGGGGUGUAGGGGGUCCCAGACCCCUCUGUGGAUGUUGCUGUGCAGUUGUGACCUGAUGCUGCUCUGUCCUGAACCCCAAAGGCACGUGAAGUUUUCUGGCUGUCACCUCUCUCAAAGCUGUCAAGAUGCCGGUUUUGGCCAAGCAGAGUGAGCGGAUGAGGCAGUUCAAGAACAAGGGCAAGAACGCAGCUGACCUGCGGAGGCAGAGGGUGGAGGUGAAUGUUGAGCUGCGAAAGGCCAAGAAGGAUGAGCAGAUCCUGAAGCGCAGGAACAUCUCGUUCAGUCUGAUGGAAGAGAACCUCUCUCCAGAAGACAAAAGAAAUGAGAUUGUUCAGUUCUCCUUGGAGGAAAUUGUUGAAGCUGUGAAUGGGAGCAAUGAGGAGCUGCAGCUGCAGGCCACGCAGGCCGCCAGGAGAAUGCUGUCCAGGCAGAAAGAACCCCCCAUCAAUCAGAUCAUCAAUCUGGGGAUCAUCCCCAGGCUGGUUGAGUUCCUGACCUGUGCUGACAAUGCUUCUCUGCAGUUUGAGGCAGCCUGGGCACUGACUAACAUUGCUGCUGGCAACUCUGACCACACCAAGGCAGUGGUGGAGGGAGGUGCCAUCCCAGCCUUCAUCUCCCUCCUAUCCUCCCCACACAUGCACAUCAGCGAGCAGUCUGUGUGGGCCCUGGGCAACAUUGCGGGUGAUGGUGCCCUAUACAGAGAUGCUCUUAUCAAUUGCAGUGUGGUUCCUCCCUUGCUGGCUCUGGUGUCACCUGUAACUCCAGUUGGGUUCCUGAGGAACAUCACAUGGACACUGUCAAACCUCUGUAGGAACAAGAACCCCUACCCUCCUCUGGAUGCGGUGAAUAAGAUUCUGCCCGUCCUCAUCUGCCUCAUGGAACAUGAGGACAAGGAAAUAAUUUCUGACUCCUGCUGGGCUGUUUCCUAUCUGACCGAUGGUUCCAACGAUCGCAUCCAAAUUGUUCUGGAUACAGGGAUUCUCCCAAGGGUGGUGGAACUCAUGGCUAGCCCGGAGUUGAUCAUUAUGACUCCAGCUCUUCGUGCCAUUGGGAAUGUGGUCACAGGGACUGAUGAGCAGACCCAGGCAGCUAUUGACGCUGGUGUCUUGGCUGUCCUGCCCUGUCUCCUGCGACAUGCAAAGCCAACUAUACAGAAGGAAGCAGCGUGGACACUCAGUAACAUUGCAGCAGGGCCUUGCCAGCAGAUCCAGCAACUCAUCACCUGUGGAUUGUUGCCACCUCUGGUGGAGCUGCUUGAUAAGGGGGACUUCAAAGCUCAGAAGGAAGCUGUGUGGGCUGUGGCCAACUUCACAACAGGAGGCACUGUGGAACAGAUGGUGGAGCUUGUCCGGUCUGGAGUCCUCAAACCUCUGCUCAACCUGCUCUUGGCCAAGGACAGCAAAACUAUCCUGAUCAUCCUGGAUACCAUUUCAAAUCUCUUCUUGGCAGCUGAGAAGCUGGGAGAGACAGACAGGUUGUGUCUGCUGGUGGAGGAGCUUGAUGGUUUGGAGAAAAUUGAAGCCUUGCAAACCCACGAGAACAACACGGUCUACCGAGCUGCACUGAAUAUCAUAGAGAAAUACUUUUCUGGUGAGGAAAAUCCAGAUCUGGAGCCUGGGACUGGCCAAGAUGGACUGUAUGAUUUCUCAGUGAAGAAGCAAGACUUCAACUUCUGAAGAUGAAGCACUGUAUGGCUCUGAACUGGUGGGUGGAGAUGUCCUGGGUCAAGCUCAGGCAUCCAAACCAAGAGGAGCAAAGAUACAAUCUUUUUACUUCUGAAACUUAUCAAUAAAUUGCACUUCUGGCUUUGUA